ACAUUAGUCAUUACAGACCAUUGCUUCUUACUUUAUAAGCUUUGUUCAGUCUUUACGACUCCCUCUUACUCUGUCCCAUCAUUGGAGCAUCUCUCUCGUCUUUCCAUUUCUCUCUUCAUCCUUCGCUUUGUGCAUACCAGAAAAAAAAUGUUGGCUUCCUAAAUGCACACUUUCUUUGUUUUUCUUUCUUUCUUCCCACUUCUUGAUUAUAGCCACAAUGAAAGGGUGGGGUCAUGGAAGAAAAUACAAAAUUCUCAAUCUUUCUCUCCCAAUUUAGGCUGUGGCAGAAAUUUGAGGAAGAAUCAACUUGGUGGAGUCAUCUUUGGAUGUAAGAACAGCACAAUGAAAGAAUGUCUGUCUAAACAACUCUUUGGCUUACCAGCUCAGCACUUCUCUUAUGUGAAGAAUAUUGUUCCAGGGUUGCCUCUAUUUCUGUUUAAUUAUACUGACAGGAAACUUCAUGGAAUUUUUGAGGCAGCUAGCAGUGGGAGAAUGCAUAUAGACCCCUAUGGAUGGACUUCCGAUGGCUCAGAUAGAACACAAUAUCCUGCUCAGGUGCAAAUUUGUGUCCGACUUCAGUGCCAGCCACUUUCUGAAGACAAAUUUAAACCAGUAAUUGCAGACAACUACUACAUUCAUAACCAUUUCUGGUUUGAACUAGACCAUGCGCAAACAAGCAAGCUUAUUUCCUUACUAUCAUCUGGAGCAAUUGCCUCUGGUGUUUCUGUCCCACAGAAUACACAGAGGUGGACAACUGUAUCUCGAUCCCUUGCAUCGCAUGAAAUUCUGAAGGAAGGUGAAACUUCUAAAAUGCUUGAAUUAGAGACAGAGCAUUCUACUCACUCAAGUACAAGAUCAGAUUUUACUGAAAAUGACUUUUCUUUAGAUGAACGCAUCUGGCCAUUAGAUAAUAAUGCGGUUGAGAAAGAAGUAAAAGAGGACGAGAAGAACAGUGUAUUUAUGAAACUAAAAGAAUUAACUCUUAAUUGUGAAAGUCAAGAUCUCUCUUUGACAAAGAAUAUCAAUGAUACUCCUGAUGUGAAUAACACCGAAAAGGGUGAAAUGGAGGCGUCGAGUGGUUUAGAUAAGAAGGAAGAGAGUACUAAUCCACCAUUUGAGAAUCAAUACAACAUAGCUCAGUUGGUACAAGAGGUCAAGGAAUUGGCAAAUUUCAAGAAAAUACAAAUGGAGAAGAAUUGCUACCUGGAAAAGAAGCUGAUUGAAGCAGAAAUGGAAAUUCAGCACCUAAAAGAUCGUUGUUCACUUUUAGAAUCUGCAUGUAAUACUUCUAAUCAUUUGACACACGUUGAGAAGACAGUAAUAAAGUCUAUGGCUGAGCUGCAUUUAGAUCCCAAAGAUUCAUUAUUUUUAAUAGGAGGCUUUGAUGGAAAAUCAUGGUUAGCAACUAUUGAUUUGUAUUGUACUUCUCAAAAUGUAACCAAAUCUCUUGCGCCUAUGAGCUCUGUUCGAUCAUAUGCUUCAGUUGUUCGGUUGAAUGAUGAAAUUUAUGUUUUUGGUGGUGGAAAUGGUUAUGUUUGGUAUGACACAGUUGAAUCAUACAAUCCAGUUCAUGACAACUGGACCUUGUGCCCCUCUUUGAACCAGAAGAAAGGAAGCUUAUCUGGAGCUGCUUUGAAUGAAAAAAUAUUUGCUGUUGGUGGUGGCAAUGGAGUUGACUGCUUUUCGGAUGUUGAGAUGCUUGAUUUAGAUAUUGGGCGGUGGAUUCCUACACGCUCAAUGCUAGAAAGGAGAUUUGCUCUUGCUGCAGUGGAACUCAAUGGUGUGAUUUAUGCCACUGGUGGAUUUGAUGGAAAUGAUUACUUAAGGUCUGCCGAAAGAUUUGAUCCCAGGGAACAUUCUUGGACCAAAAUACCAAACAUGAAUGUAAAGCGGGGCUGCCAUUCGGUAGUUGUUCUAAAUGAAAAGUUGUACGCACUUGGAGGCUUUGAUGGAGACAAAAUGGUUCCAAGUAUGGAAGUGUUCGAUCCUCGUCUUGGGGCAUGGACAAUGGGGGAACCAAUGAAUCAUCAAAGAGGGUAUUCUGCUGCUGUAGUUAUCAAGGAAUCCAUUUAUAUGAUUGGUGGAGUUAAAGUUGGAGAGAACAUUGUAGAUACAGUUGAGAAUUAUAAAGAAGGGAAGGGAUGGAAGGAAACUUGCACAAUGGAAGCUGUUAAAAGAUGUUUCUUGUCAGCUAUUGCCUGCAGUCAAGAGUGACAGAAGGUUCUUCAGUGGUCAUAUUAUCAUAAUCUUUGUAUAGUUAUACGAUGAGGACAUGAUUUUUCAUGACUUUGUAUGAUGUGCAUAAAGGCUUUAAUAGGAUGUUAACAAUUUAACAUCGUAUAUGACUUGUUUUGGGUUAUUCCUACUGAUGAUCUCUUUUUCAAUUUUAAUCAACUAAAA